CCUCAGAAGCACAUCCUCAUCCUCUCCUCUUGGAGGUCUGGCUCAUCCUUUGUAGGGCAGCUCUUCAGUCAGCACCCCGCUGUUUUCUACCUGAUGGAGCCAGCCUGGCACGUGUGGGCAGCUAUCCAAAACAGCGCCAAGGUCUUGCACAUGGCAGUGCGGGACCUUAUUCGCUCAGUCUUCAAGUGUGACAUGUCCGUCUUUGAUGCAUAUAUGAAUGAGCAGAGGAAUAAGUCUGCGCUCUAGUGGGAGACCAGCCGGGCUUUGGGUUCCCCCCCUGCAUGUACCCUUUUCCAGCGCAGUGACAUCAUCUCCAAACACUCCUGCAAGACUCUCUGUGGAAAUUAUCCCUUCAGCAAAGUGGAAGAGGCUUGUAAGACAUACAGCCACAUCGUCUUAAAGGAAGUCCUUUUCUUCGACAUCAAGGUGCUUUAUCCACUCCUCACCGACCCCUCCCUGGACCGCAGAAUCAUCCACCUGGUCCGUGAUCCCAGGGCUGUUUUCCACUCCCGUGAGAAUGUAGCAAAUGAACUUGCCCGUGACACAAAGAUUGUGGUGGGGCAUAUAUAAUGAAGGACAUGAGCCCUAUGCGCCAUGAAGGCAAUUUGCAAAAGCCACAUUGACAUACACAUGGAGGUCAGCACCCUGAAAGAUCGCUACAUUUUGGUGCGCUAUGAGGAUAUUGUAAAGGCUCCCUUGGAAGGAGCUGCUCAGCUGUAUCAGUUUGCAGGGCCCUUCCUUCCCAGUCUUCAGUCCUGGGUGCAGCACAUCACACAUGGCCAAGGCCUCGGUAGCAAGGUCUUUGAUACCGAUGCCAGAGAUGCAAUGAAUGUGUCACAGGCUUGGAGAAAGACUCUUUCUUAUCUCCAAACAGCAAUGUUACAAAAUAUCUGCAAGGAAGCUAUGAAACGUUUGGGUUACCGGCCUGCUAGAUCUGAGGAUGAACAGAAGAACAUGGCAUUUGACCUCUUGGCCAAGUUGAAUAUAAAAACUGCCCAUCCAGCUUCUAGCAGUUCAAAGCAUCACAAGUAGACUGACCCGGGAAGCUGCAGACCCUGUGGAGGAGGAUCCCAACAUGAAGGAUGAGGGAUCACCUGGCAUUUUUCUUGCAAGCAACGCUGGAGUAGCUGACAAGGAAAAACCCAAAUCCUCUAUGGUUACUUGUCCCAUCGGUUCACAAUCUGCACAGUCUACUAUCUGGUUGGCAGAUGGAAUGCUUCCCAUGACCAUGAAUCUGUUCUCUUGACCUGGUUUCAGGCCCCGGUUCACUGUAGAUAAUGCAGU